CUUCAUUGCGACGUCGCCGCUGUGCAGUGCCGUCGCUUUUCUGUCCAGUGCUGCCCUUUGCGUCUUCACAGCAAUGUCGACCCUCUCUGUUCCAAUCAAACUCUUCCAUCCAACAACCACCACUUCCUCCUUUCUCCACUCCCAAUCCCAAACCCUUACUUUCAUCCCAUCAAGAACACCAACCGUAAGAGCUUCGGCUUCUACUUUAGAGAACCCGCAUAAAGCAUUUGGCAAGUUCCUCCGUCAAAGUGAGUACAGGUUAUACUUUAACACGCCUAAUGGAGCAUUGGAGCGAGGACCUGCUUGUGCUACGUAUGUGCAGCCAGGUUUAAGAGUGAGGUGUAUCAAAAAGGAAAAUGAAAAGGAAGAGGUGCUUCUAGAAGGGAUGCCAAAGGAGUACUAUGAUGAUGAAUGGCAAGCUCGACAACGUGAAGAGACAAAGGAAUUGCAUCAGUUACGCAAAGAAGAAGAUGAGGAAGAAGAAAGAAAGAUGGAUGAAUAUAGGGAAAUUGGCAUGCGACUGAAGGGAUACCCUGAACAAGAUGUCAUAAAAGCACGGAAGUUGGUUUCAAGCUUUAUACUAGCUGCGGAAGAAAUUGAAGAGAAAAUCGAGGAAGCUGCUGAGAAAGGAGAACUCAAUGAACUUGUUUUAAUGGUCAUAUGGAACCGGCUUGAUCUUGCCCGGCGUGAUGAGGAAAAGGAUGCUAUAAGAAGUCUGGAUCUGUUAUACAGAAGGGUUGAGACUGAGAUCUUGAGACGAGAGGCUACCCCUGCAAUGAGACUACUCAACGAACUUUUGAUUAUGUAUGAUGGCUUUGACUUCAGUGAAUGGCUGAAGAAAUGUAAAAAGAUCAUGAUUGAUGUUUUUCCACGGGAGGAUCCAUUUAGUGUUCUCAUUCCACCAGGAUUUGAGUCUUUUGACAUUGACAAGCUUGAAGGGCCCCUGCGACCGACCCUUGAAGACGAUGGUGCUCUAUUGAGGGUGGACUUCGUAAGGGAGGUGGAUGCAUUGCUACAAGAAGUUCGAGCCGAUCAAAGUGAAGUGGAAAAUGCAGCAGGAUUCGAUCCACAAUCUGUUGCAAAUAGAUUGAAGCAACAAGAGAAGCAACAAACAAUACGCCAAGUAGAAGCUCUAUUAGAUUUAGCAAUUGGUUUGACAUGGUAGCCUUCUUUUUAUUACAUUUUUCUUAUAGUAUAGUGUUGAUAUAAGAGUUUGUUAUGCACUAAGUUUGUAAUCAAUUAGCUUCAUUUUAUAACAUACAUUUUCCCCUUUCGAAAGGAUAUGAAACCAUAGCAUGUCAAUUUACAGGUAGAAGUUUUAAACAAAAAGUAAGAAUUCAGUGGUUA